UUGUCUCCAGGAUACUCUAGGGUCGUUCUCACUGCGACUCUGGAGAUCGACUCGUGGCCGCGUGCACUUAGGGGAGGUGAGUGUGGUGGUGCCUGGGUUGGUGUCCCGGGCGUGCGGUCUGCCACCUUCACCCCACGCCACCUGGCAACGCUGGAGCACCGCGGACAUCAGACUCUCGCCUGGAGGCGUGGAAGCGGGGUGGGCGUGGGGACCUGAAGGCAGCGUGGGUAUAGGCGUGGCUCAGCCUGAAGGGUGUGGACGUGAGGGCCAGUACAUCACCCUUGACGCCGACGUUCUACAGGAGCUCGAGCCCUCAGACCUACACACGCUGGGAGGUUCGGUGGUGGGCGGGUGGGCGCGCUACCGAUGGGGGGUGUUCGAGGAGCGUGGAUACCAGGACCACCCACACUACCCUGCCGCCCACCUCAAGGACGGCACAAUCACGCCCACAGCCUGCACGCCAACACCCACCCACGGCCAUUGGACCUCCAGCAAAGGGUCGGAAGAGUGUGAUGAGAACACAGAAGAUGAGGUGAGGCAGUGUGUGUGGGUCCCUGACGUCACAGCCCAGGUCAACACCUCCCUGCUCUACCGCUCUGACCUGCCUCAGAUGUGGGGGUUCUGUGACUCAGACACCCACGACGAGGACGCUCCCACACCCCACAACCUACUGUGUGGGGCGAGGAGUGUAUGGGACGUCAUGAACCAACACCGCGACUUCGCCAAGCCUUCACCACACCAGACCACUCCCCAUACCACCCAGCGCACCACCUUCACCAGUUACCCCGUCAGCACCUCCACCCUGGCUUCCACACAACACACUGAUCAUCAACACAACAGUGACGGCAACAGUGAGGGCAACACCUAUGAGGACAGCUUUUCUACAGACAAGGAAAACUCGACCAGUAUAGAAGCUGGAAUCGAUGCCCAGAAUAUUACGUUAGGUGAUUCUGGUGAACUAUUAUCAAAUGUGGAAGCUUCCUUUAUAAGCGAAGGAUUGUUCUUAAGUGACGUGAGAAGACAAACUGUCGACAAUAAUCACACAGCGGGUGAUGAUAACGACACUAUCCAGGCGUUUGUGGCAAUUCAGCGAACGACCACAGACCAUGAAAACAUCAAGAUCAGCCGAAAGAGACGAGACGACACCCAGGGAAGGCAGAGUGGUGUGGUGCCACUGAGGCCCAGUCUGGUAACCGCCCACAUUGCCACCUCCACCCCUCCUCCACCCCUCCCAGCGCCCCGACACUUCCAGCAGAACGCCAACCUAACCAUCUAUGAGGCCCCUGUAGGCAGCCAUGACAUUAACACCACGGACAACUUAAGACCCGUGGCUCAGUGGGAUGAUGAAGUGCCAAGAAUGCUGAACUCGGGGCCCUCCAGUAUCCCGUCCUGGAGUCCGUCAACCCAGGCCAAGAGCACUCCACCACCACCUACUUGGACCCCUCCUCCCCCGUCCCUAGUGCUGCUGGGCCCCGCCCCUAGUGCCGUAGUGUUGGCACUCGACCUCUCUGACCAAGCCGUCACACAGGUAAAUAUGAACGACCUACGUGGUGGCAUCCUGCGGUGGUUGUGGGGUCUAGGGGCGGAAGUGAAGGUGGGGGUCUUGGCCGCUUACAACAACGCCUCCUACCCCCUCACCCUGGGCCCUCUGCUCCCUGCCCCCACCACUGCCCCAGAGCUGGAAGAUGAGCUCACCCUUCUGCCGUCUGUGGACGAGGUGGAACACGGCGUCUACGGCGGGGAGUACUGCUUAAGCUGUGUCCUGGACGAGGCUGCCAAGAUGCUGGAGGGUGGCGGUGUUGCGCCUGAGGCUGGAGUGUUGCUGCUGGCUGCAUGUUCCCCUGUGGUGACCCCCGCUACCCUGGCACGAGCCUCGCACACCAACAUCUCCACUAUCCACACCUUGGCCCUCUGUCCCGCCACUGACCCCAUGUUUGACCAGCUGGCUGGUCUAGGGGGUUCAUGGGUUUUACCAGGUCCUCCAGCAGUGGCGCCACCAGCAGGAGAGGGCCAUGAGGGUGGGGAACAGCAGGCUGCCCGUGUGCUGACCGCUGCCUCAAGGGCUGCCUUCGCUGCUCCGGGGGACCCCACACUCGUCAGGGUGGGAGGGCAGGUGUUAAAGGUGGAGGAGGGAGGAGUGGUGAGUGGUGGGCCGUACAGCACACUGACAGGCAGAGUCAGUCUCCCUCCAGCAGGCGACCACCUCCUCCUUGUUAUCACCACACAGUACCACGCUAAGAUUGUAGAAGUCACAAGUCCGUCUGGAGAGGAAACAGACAUCAUGAAAGACACAAACCAACGUUUCUGGACGGUGGUCGAUAGAAGCGGAGGAGAAUUCACGUACAUUGUAAAGUUCCUUACAAGUUCCAUCGAAUUUCCGUUUUCUGUGACGGUUGACGUGUAUGAGAGAAAACAGGAUGAUAUUGGUAUUGAGGUGACACUCAACACCAACAACGACGGUCACGUUCCCCUGAAGCCUGGCUCAAGGCCUCUAGUUGUGUGGGCUAAAGUGAUGCUGGAUGGCCGACCUGUCGUAGGGUCAAAGGUUAUGUUGAAAGUGAGUCACCUAAGUGAAGACGGGUCAACAGAUAUGAUGGUGGAGCUUCUGGACAAUGGAAACGCUGAGCCGGAUGUGCGAGCACAGGACGGAGUGUACACCAGAUACGUGACGUGGCUGCCAGGGGAGGGUCGCUAUGCCCUCUCCGCUACCGCCUCAGACCACCACGGGGCAGCCUCCGUCCUCAGGCCCAGGAGGAGAGAUGGCCGAGUGGUGCCAGUGAGCGCGGGUCAGUUCAGUGCCAGCAGUGGUGCAGUGACCCUGACAGUGGCCCGUGUCACCUCGGCUGACCUCACCCCGCCCUCACGUGUCACUGACCUGACCGUGACAUCCGUACACAACACCACCGUCAACCUCACCUGGUCAGCGCCUGGCGGAGACCUGGACCAGGGUUCAGCGUGGAUUUACGAGCUGAAGAUGUACACGGAGAGGAGCGCCCUGAGCGAGGAACGGUUCAACACCUCCACCAUCGCCGUCUACUGCAUCACCCAUGACCUGAGGGCUCCCACCCAGACCCCUGCCAGCUACGGCACACCACAACACUGCCUCACAGACCUACCCUUCACCAACCUCAGAUGGUACUUCGCCAUUCGAGCAGUAGACUCGUCCAACAACACAGGCAGCAUCUCAAACAUUGUCUCUGCCUUUGUACCUGACCCUCCCACCACGCCGCUGCCUACAACGCCUGCAAGUGAGCCACCUUCCAACAUGCAGACUGUCAUUAUGUCUACUAUCACAUCUCCCAACCCACAGGAUGCUAAGAAUCUUGGAAAUGCGACAUCCAGGGAUCACUCUAAGAAUACCACAUAUGACUGGAGAGUGUGGGUGGCUGUGGGUGUUGGGGUGGGUGGCAUCAUUCUGGCAGUUAUUAUAGUGCUUGUGUGUAUUUGCUGCUGCAGGAGAAACCAAGACAAUGGAGAAAAGGACCCUGACCGCCCAGUGUACAAGAUUUAUGUCAACAAUGCCUAUAUACAGGAGGAAGAUGGUGAAAUUAAGGUGGUCAGUAAUGGUAAACUAGUGGAUGACAAGGAACCCAGCCAGGUGCAGGAAUGGGUCAACUCUCUGUCAAAAUUUGGAUCAUCUGAUGUCUAUGGAGCAGAGCAUGUGGAGGCUCCUGUCACCUCUACAGAAGCCCCUCUUGUGGAGUGCCGCCCCAGGGCCUCUAUGAAAUAUUCCAGUCCAGUUCGUUUUGGAGUAUUAACUAAUGGGUCCAUCAUGCGGGAGGCCUGUGCAUCUUCUUCCUCAACUUCUUCCUCUAAACCUUCAGAUGACCCAACAAAUGAAGAUAUGAAAUAUCGAGACUUAUCGGAGACUACCAGCAACUCAACGACCGAUGGAGGAGCUUCAGCAGCCUCCACUGCGACAACAGAUACUGUACCGCCCCCACCUCCUCCAAUUUUAGAUACUGCUCGAGCAAUUCCAAUCACUGUUAAACCAACUGAUAGUGACCUGCCACUACCACCACCUCCUUCACAACUAUUACAACAACCACUGGGAAUUCCAGGUCCUACUGUUAUAUCUAUUCAUUCUGGUCCUGCCCUUAAUAAUGGUUAUAGCAGUGAUGAAGAAGGAGGGUUUAGACCAAGGACAUUAGCAGGGCCAGGACCUCGUAGGUAUCUGCCUACUCACUUUUCGUCAUUCCGUUAUCUUCCACCACCACCGGAAUACCGGUCCGCUAUGGCUGGUGGUGGUCCAGUUGACUACCCAACAUGUCACACUAUCUCCCGAGCAACAGCAACACUUCCGCAUGGCACAGUUCGUAGUGUUAAAAAGCGUCGGCAUAUAUCCUUUGUUUAGAUACAUGGGACUACUGGUGAUUUGUGAAGUGUGUCUUACCUUGCAAGAAACUGAAAUCAUUAUGGUAUCACUUGUUGGGGAAAAUAUGGAACCAGUUGAAAAUUCAGUGUGAAAUAUAGACACUUUUUUAUUAAAAGACAGUUCUGCAACAUUCCCAUACUAGAUACUGUACUAGACUGAAAAUACUAUACGUAAUAUAAAAGGCAAGGUUCAUGAAAUUUCUUACAUUUUUCAGACUAUAAAAAUGUGUGAAAGAACUGAUACACUAUAACUGCAGCAUUAGCUUUAACCAUUGAACAUGAAGGAAAUAAAAUAGGAUCCCAUAAACAGCGGUGUUAGUGAUGUGGACCAUGAUGUCGUCCAUGAUGUCAAGCAUUGAACUACUUAGAUCAUGUUUUAAAUACCCGUAUAUGUAAAUAAUGUGUAAAUAAUUUAUGUGUAAAAGGCCAAAAAUUACUUAUUUUCAAUGUGAUAAAUGUAUAUAUUUAACCUCGCAUGAAGAUUGACAUGGAGCUCAUGUUUUUGUAUGAGAUAAAACUUCUGGAAUAAUCUUUCAUACUAGUGCAUUAUUUGACACUGGCUUUCAUAUGAUAUUUCCACAUAUUGUAUCAAAUAUAAUCUUGAAAUGUCUCAUAAUAUUCCAUGAUUGUGUAGCGUAAUGUUAAAGUAAGAUUAAUAUUAUCCUCCAACAGAAUGAUGAAGACUUACAAUAUCUUGGUGAAGGAUAACCACAGAUCUACUGACAAUGGAUACAGCCAUUGUUACAUUAAUGUAUUUUAAUUUUGUUUUUGUUAUUAAGUAUAUUUGUACUGUAUAUAAUUUUUUGCAACAUUUACUGAUGGUUACACACCUUGUAAAAAAAAAAAUUCCUUGUCACUUCCAUGCCAAAGACUGAACCACCACCAGUUAUACUUUGUAAAUUAAUUACCUUACAUUUCCAAGAUUGAAUUAAAAGAUGUGAGUGACUUCAGCACCACAUUCUUGUCUUAUACAUGCAGAGGUGGCUAUGACUGUAAAAUUGUGUAUAUAAUGAUUGUAAAAUUAAACUUCCAUUCAGAA